GUGUUAUCCAGCUGGCAUCCCUGCAUUUUGUAAUGUAAUUUUCUCCUUUAUCUAGUUGGCCCAGUCUGUAAUUGAUCUGAAUAACCAAAUGCAGCAGAAGGACAAAGAGAUGCAGAUGAAUGAAGCAAGGAUUGCAGAGUAUUUGCAAAAGAUCUCUGAACUGGAAACAGAGUGCCAGGAACUGCGUAGCAAACUGCAAGAUCUCGAGCGAGCUAAUCAGACACUGAAAGAUGAAUAUGAUGCUCUCCAGAUCACCUUCAAUGCCUUGGAAGAGAAACUGAGGAAAACCACUGAAGACAACCAGGAGCUGGUCUCGCGUUGGAUGGCAGAGAAAGCACAAGAAGCCAAUCGUCUGAAUGCAGAAAAUGAAAAGGAUUCAAGGAGACGACAAGCCAGGUUGCAGAAGGAGCUAGCAGAAGCUGCCAAAGAGCCCCUGCCUGUUGAGCCCAGGGAUGAUGAUAUUGAAGUGCUUGCAGAUGAAACCUCGGACACAGCUGAGGAGACAUCUCCAGUGCGAGCUGUCAGCCGAACAUCCAGUAAGCGACUCUCCCAGCCAACUGGAGGCCUUCUGGACUCUAUCACUAAUAUCUUUGGUCUGUCUGAGUCUCCCCUUUUGGGACAUCAAUCUUCUGAUGCUGCCAGGAGACGUUCUUUGUCUUCAUUCCCUGCUCCCCAGGAUAAUGUAGAGCCACAUCCAGGUGCCAGUAAAGAAGUAAGAGUGCCCACUACUGCCAUAUGUGUCUUUGAUGCACAUGAUGGGGAGGUGAAUGCGGUGCAGUUCAGUCCUGGCUCCCGGUUACUAGCAACAGGAGGCAUGGACCGGAGGGUUAAGCUUUGGGAAGUCUUGGGAGAUAGGUGUGAGCCCAAAGGUUCCCUCUCUGGUAGUAAUGCUGGGAUUACAAGCAUAGAAUUUGAUAGUGCUGGUUCUUACCUCUUAGCAGCUUCAAAUGACUUUGCCAGCAGAAUCUGGACAGUUGAUGAUAAUCGAUUACGGCACACCUUGACAGGUCACAGUGGUAAAGUUCUGUCAGCGAAGUUCUUGCUGGACAAUGCCCGCAUUGUUUCAGGAAGUCAUGACCGGACCCUCAAGCUCUGGGACCUCCGCAGCAAAGUUUGUAUAAAAACAGUGUUUGCAGGAUCUAGCUGCAAUGAUAUCGUAUGUACUGAGCAAUGUGUAAUGAGCGGACAUUUUGAUAAGAAAAUUCGUUUCUGGGACAUCAGGACUGAAAGCAUAGUAAAAGAACUGGAGCUGCUUGGAAGAAUCACAGCUCUGGACCUGAACUCAGAGAGAACAGAGCUUUUGACAUGUUCCCGUGAUGAUCUAUUAAAGAUCAUUGAUCUGCGGGUUAGUGCUGUCAAGCAGACAUUCAGUGCCCAGGGAUUCAAAUGUGGCUCUGACUGGACGAGAGUUGUAUUCAGCCCUGAUGGGAACUAUGUAGCUGCUGGUUCAGCUGAUGGGGCCCUGUACAUCUGGAAUGUGCUCACUGGGAAAUUGGAGAGGACGCUAGCAAAGCAUCACAGUUCUUCUAUCAAUGCAGUUGCAUGGUCACCAGCAGGUGCCCAUGUGGUCAGUGUGGACAAAGGAAACAAGGCUGUCCUGUGGUCUGAAUUUUGACUGGAUGGAGUGUGAAAGGCAGAGCAUCCAGCACCUCUGUGUACGGUGGUGCUAGUCUGUGGCUGAACAGAAUGGAGACCUGAGCCCAGAUUCAUCCUGAGUCGGGAUAAUAACAAGUGCAUGGGCUUCACUUUCCAGAGGAAAGUUCUAAAGCGAUGGAGAAGGAGCCUGAGUCAGAGACUUCUUAUGGCCGUAACUGCACUGUGGCACUUGGACUCAGCAAGGGAUUAGCUGUUCUGGAUGGAGAACGCUACGUAGUCAUGCCUUUACAUGCAGUAUGUAUGCACCAAGCGGAGCUGAAGAUACUAGCGGGAUUCCUCACCAGACAGCUGUGCCAAAUACCCUGUCACACAAAUGUAUCUACAGCACUUCCGAGUUGGAAAUGUUGGAAAGAAGUUACUGUGUAUGCCGGCUUAACAUGUGUCCUGUCUCCGGUGUUCUGUUCUUGUGGCCUAGCUCAGGCAUGGGGUGAGAAGGUCCUGAAACGUGGACAGGUCCUAGGCAGUCUGAAGUGUUGGAACAGCCUUUAAAGAGAAUCUCCCAUGGCUGUGGCAGCUCUGCCUUUGAGUUAUCAGCUCAAUUCAGAUCUGCUCUGAUCCUGACACAGGUUCUCCAGCACUCUCAUGUGAACUCUAUCAGUUUCACCUGUUCUUAAGGCAAUGGUCUCUUCUUCAGGACUUCUGCAUCCUUUUGUUAAAAUGCCCUUCAACAACUUGGGUAUCACAAAAUAGGAGAUUUUUAAUCUUUUUAUUCUACAGGCAGAUUGGUUCCUGGGUGGGAGGAGAGAGAAGUUCAACUUCUGGUGUGCUGCUGUGAUAAGGAAUGUAGUCAUACUGUGACUUCAGUACCAGAACAUAGGUCUUCGGUCCCUUUUUCUGUUCAUCCGUCCUGUCCUGGCGGCUGUCAGUAGAACACAGGGGAGCAGUGGGGUUAAAUCCCAAAUUUGGUGCUGGCAAUUCCAGGCCGCUUGCCCCCUUCUUGAGCACAUGUGCAAUAUUCCUCUUUGCGCUGGAGCCCUUUCUGUGCUACGGAGCAGUGUCUUGGCUCUGCCCCAUUUAAGCAUCCAAAACCAUGAUGUGGCUGGGUGUGAGCUACCUGGCAUAACUUUAUCCAGCCAAACCUUUCCACAUCAUCUGGGCCUCAAGACAAGCCACCAGCGUUUUGUUGCCUUUUUAUUUGCACUUUAUUUUCUUCUUUCCUGAUAGUGUUUUCCUGAGGAAGCGUGUUUUUUGGAGGGGCUGGAUUAGGGGGAAGCUGCUGUAACAGGCAUCUCUCCAACCUAGCCUUUUGUUCAGACAUUUUCUGCAGAGGGGAAUUAGAGUAUACGGGGCAAAGUUUUUAUUUAUUCAGCUGCCCGUAAGAACUUGAUUGUAAAUAAACUUGUGUUCUGCUUUUAAAACGCCACAA